AUGGCCUGCAAGAGCUUCUCUUUCUGUUGCUGCAAAAAAGCCCCCCCACAAGCUUCUUCCACUUUGGACUAUUGGAAGCCAUCUUCGCCAAAGAGAAGAAGAACGGCUGUUGCCGCCAAACUGCCAGCACCACCACCACAACCUUCAACUUCUGCUGCAGCAAAAAGGCUCCCACAAGCUCCAUCCACUGAAUCCGAAGAGUCAACAUUGGACUAUGGGAAGCCAUCUUUGCCAAAGAGAAGAAGAACAGCUGUUGCCGCCAAACCGCACCCACCACCACCACGACCUUCCACUUCUGCUGCAGCAAAAAGGCUCCCACGAUCUCCAUCCACUGAAUCCGAAGAGUCAACUUUGGACUGUUGGAAGCCAUCUUCAGCAAAGAGAACAAGAAGACCAGACAUUCAGGAGGGUCAGCAAAGUUGGGCAUCACAGCUGAGAAUGAAGAAGGAGCUGCAAGCUUUCCUUGCAGUUGACAAGUCUGAAGAGGUUAGAGAAAAGUUCAAUGGAGUUCUCUGUAAUUUUGACAAGAAAUUGUUGCAACCCAAAGGACGUCGAGAAUCAGCUAGGCAGUUCCAGAAUUAA